UAAUCUGUGAAUUAGCCGUUUGAAUCAUUUGAUCCGAGAGGCUCCAACAGAACGAUUGAAAAUACCGAGAAUACCCCCACUAAUGCGGUGAGAUGCACGCACCACCUGGUUCGUUUAUAAUAACUGUUGAUGGCAUUCGUGGCCCCUACUCUCCAAAACAAACUCACAACGCUCCAAACAAACCAUUGUCAUUCAUCCAAAAACCUCUCUCUCUCGAUCUCUACUCUCUGGUUUUGGAUCUGGCCGUUGAUUUUUUCGGGACGGCGAUAAGUAUUUGCAUGAACGCCGGAGAUGGCUUCUGUUUGCGUCAACAAUGUUACUAUUUCUCAGGAGUUUCCUACUUACGGAUGUUUCAACCCACGAGCUUCUUUCAGCCGUGAAGAUGGUGGUCGGACUUCUGGAUCCGCCGCAUCAGAGAUUCCGAAGGAGGAAACAGCAGUCGGAGCUGGUGAUUUCGAGUUUAGGUUAGAGGAGGAUCCAGUCGGAAUGCUCCCAGCCGAUGAGCUUUUCUCCGACGGAAAACUCGUGACGAAGCAGCAACAACGGACGGUGGAGACCGGCGGGAAAUGCAGGAGGAUGGAAGUGGUGGAGAUGGAGAUCGCCGGUGGUGGCGAUAUUUGCUCCUUUUCUCCAAAGGCACCACGGUGUUCGAGUAGAUGGAGGGACUUGUUAGGGCUUAAACGAUUCUCUCAGAAUAGCAAAGCCGCGUCGACGACGAUUCCUUCGAAUCCGAGAUCGUCUACUUCGUCGUUGAAACAAUUCUUGCAUCGGAGCUCCAGAUCCUCGUCGUCUUCCGGAUCUUCCUCUUCAGAUGCUUCGUUGCUCAUGAGUCUUCCUCUCCUCAAGGAUUCCGAUUGCGAAUCUAUCUCUAUAUCCUCGUCUCGUAUGUCUCUCUCCUCUUCCUCCUCCGGCCACGACCACGAAGAUAUACCAAGACUCUCUCUCGAUGCAGAGAGACCUAACCAUAACCAUAACCUCAACCACAAUCUCACUGCGAAUCCAUUUGCUCCCGCUCGUAGCCUAAACCCAAAUCCACCGAGAAUGAGGUUAGUGAACCAUUCAUCAGCAGGAACCGGAGGAGGGAGAGUUGGACGAAGCCCGAUGCGACGUUCCGGUGGAGAAACAUCUCAAACGUCAGCGAUUACGAGCAGAGGAGUCUCUGUAGACAGUCCAAGACUAAACUCUUCAGGUAAAAUCGUGUUCCAGAGCCUUGAACGAAGCUCAAGCAGUCCGAGUAGCUUCAAUGGUGGAACAAGCGGGUAUAGACACAGAGGAAUGGAGAGAUCGUAUAGCUCAAACGUUAGGGUAACUCCAGUACUAAACGUUCCCGUUUGUUCAAUUAGAGGUGGUUCAGUAGUAUUUGGCCAGUUCUUCUCUUCCUCGUCGCAACACAAUAAAACAGGGAAUGUCAACAACAACAACAACAGAGCGUCGUCUCAUAUCAGUAGAGGCCGUAACUCCACGGAUCGAAUCUAACCCCGACAAUGAAUCAUCAAAUGGUAACAACAACACAAUCUUGUUGAUUCAACAGUAGCUAGCUAGCUAGUGGUAAUCAUUCUGUUUUUUUUUAUUUUUGGUUUGUUUACAACAAAUCUUAUUUGUAACAGAGAGCGCUUUUUAAAUUUAAGAUUUUAGAAAUUUCCUUGGACUGUAAAUAAAGAAUCUGCCACGGUGAAGUGUAAUUCUAGGGUUCAUUGACAUAGAGACACAAAUGUGGAAUUGGAAACUCCUAAUUGUGUUUUUUUGGCUUGUGCUUGGGUUGAGAGAGACAGAGAGAGUGAGGUAGACGCGCUAAAGGGAAGCGCGUGGGUCAUAAAAUAGGAAACAGAUUCUUUUUUUUUCUAUAUCAUAUGCUCUUCUUCUGUGUGUGUAUUUGCGCUCUCCCCACGUUGAAGCUUAUCUAAGCUGUCUCUUUCAUGUGAUUUUUUUAAAAAUGUAAUUUUAUUAUAUA